UGAUUCUGUAGUUCAGACUUCAGACUAGGAACAAGCUGGACAGUCUGGUUCUGUUAUUUUUAGCUAAUCUUUUCAAUAUCAGUAUAGUGCCUUUUGAAUUUAUCUUACAAGGAAGUGGACAACCUUACAAUAGAGAAAAAGAAGAAGUUAACAGCGUGUGUGUCAUUCUGAAUUUAAGAUGGCACCUAUAGCUAUGAAAAGAAAGCAUGGAAUGUCUAAAAGCAAUAUCCAUUAAACUUUAGUUAAAUGUCAACUCUCUAUAUCGUUUAGGGCUUCAACGUUUAGGAGGGAGGGUGAUAUAUUUGUUCUAAGGAGAGGAGAUGGAGAGAAAAUCACUGGAAAAAAUGGUAAGCUAACCAAGUCAAUAGAAACUUGUUCCCGCACACCAGAAUCUGGCUACACCAAAAUUUACGGCUGAUGACCGGAGCAGAAUCUAUAUGGUCUGGUUUUGGCACUUGGUCUAGACUGACUAGUCCGAUUUUAAGUGCAGGCUUGAUUCUCAGUUGUCCCAUAUUGGUAAAUUCUGACUUUCGACCUAGUCAAUGUACUUUAACAAUAUCCUGGAAUGCAGUUACAUGUUCGGUUUCUCCUUUCUUUGAGAAGCUUUACCAGAAUUUCAGCUUUGAUUCUCAUUCUUCAAUCCAGCUUUUGCGAGCUAUUUCAAUAGUCGAUGUUGUCUACUUUUUGCAAGCUACCUGGGAAAAUGCCUCUGUUCUAUAUUUAAGUACUGCUGUUUUUUUUCUUUUCAAACUACCAUUCUGUGAGUUUACAGCUUACCUAUUGUUCAAUUUCCCACGUCGCGGUAAAUGCCAGGAAUCUGAAAUUACUGUUGAAUCGUCUGAGUUUCCAAAUGGGCAAUGGCGAUUUGCCCUUCUUGACUUGGCUAAUACUCAUUAUGCUUCUAUUUGCACAGAGAAUUUUAACGAAGAAACUUCUUCUCCAAUGGCUCUGAGAGUGUGGAAGACGAUUCCUCUUCUGGAAGAUUUAUGCAUGUCUGGGACUCCUUCCAUUAUAACAAUUGGUGGGCUUGUCAAGCAGCUCAAGUGGAUUAAGUAGGGAUUAUUUCUGAUGAUAAUUAAACAGGCGAUGAUCAUUGAUAAUUAGUUGUAUUCAACACUCAACAAUCAACAGUCAAUUUGAUAGGAAUGAUAUAAUUUGUUCAUUUUUACCUGUAUAUGCAGAACUCCCCAAACAGCUGCAUAAAGUGGCAAUUGUGAAUUUGUGAUAUUGACUAUUGAGUUAAAUGUAUAUGAAAUUGGCCCAUUUUAUUUCAAAUGAAAUUUAAGAGGCCUCCCUACUCAGUUCUACCAGGUCC